GAGAGCGGUUGAACAGCGGUAUUUGGAGCAAGCGGCUGGAGGGGGUAACUUGUGGCCAUGGCGGAGUCCCAGCUGGUYUGCAUGGACAACGAGCACGUGAACGAGAAGGUCCCGGAGUCCAGCCCGGAGUUCUACUACAGCGAGGAGCAGCGCGCGGCCGUGGAGCAGCUGCUGCGGCACGGGGACGAAGCCUUCCAGACGCGCCUCGCGGAGGACAACACCAAGGACUUCCUGUGCUCCAGGGAGGUCAGCUCCAUCCGCGAGAGCUUCCAGGAGUACAGCGCGGACAGCGACUCGGAGUCCGGGGAGCCCGAGCAGCCCAGACGGGCCUCCAGCGCGGACUCCGGGGUCCACUCCACGUACUGGCCCCAGAUGUCCGACACGGAGGCGCCGUCUCUGGACAUCGGCUGGCCGGCCAGCAGCGGCGUGUACAAGGGGGUGACCCGGGUGUCCGUGUUCACCCACCCCCCCAAAGAGCCGGGACCCCACAUCAAGGAGGUGGUGAGGAGGCUGAUCCAGGGUUCACACAAGGUGGUGGCCAUCGUAAUGGACUUUCUGACAGACCUGCAGAUCCUCCAGGACCUGCUGGAUGCCACGUUGCGCCGCGCCGUGGCUGUUUAUGUGGUGCUGGAUGCCAGGGGAGUUCCCGACUUCCUGGAAAUGUGCUCUCGGCUGCAGAUCAACGCCAUGCAUCUGCGGAACRUCCGUGUGCGGAUGGUGAGGGGCGCAGGGCUGGCCCUGGCCUUUGGAAAGCUGCCCGGGUCCUUGGGCUCCAAAUACAUGCUYGUGGACGGAGAGAAAGUCAUGUUUGGGACCUACAGCUUCAGCUGGACUUCGUCCCGGCUGGACAGGAACACCAUCACCGUCAUGUCCGGUCACAUUGUGGACUUCUUCGACGGCGACUUCAGGGAGAUGUACGCGGUGUCGGAGCAGGUGGACCUCUACAAGGAGUUCAACAUCACCAAACCCCCUCUUCCUAAGCCCACCCUGAAGCCACCGGUGGAGCGCGCUCGGCCCCUGCCCAUCUCAACGUCUCGCUUUCAGGUGUCGGUCGGCGACUCGAGACAGGUCAACCUGAAGGUGCCCGCACACAAGUACCACAAUCCGAAYUACUCUCUGGUUUUUGGGAACAGUUUGGGCCUGACGAGGUCUUUGCAAGACCUCUCCACCCAGAAUGACUCGCUCUACAACGGGCUCAGUCAGAGCAACGGACUGCAGAACGGCUUCCUCCACUCCAGCAAGGAGCAGGUGGGCCGAGCGUCCCCCCCGCAGAGUCCGGUUUCCCCGGCAAAGCAGGGAAACGAGGACGGAAAGGAAGGUCCGAUGAAGAACCAGGCGGGAAGCAUGAAAAAACAACGCAGCUCCUUCAGGCACUUCUUGAAAAGCCGGGGAGACCAUCAGACUGCYGAGACUAUAGAGGAGGGUGUGGUCACUCCUCAGAGCCCCGCCCACAACCAUAAAGGGCCAGAGAUGAAUGGCGUUGCAGGACAUGAACUGGGGGACUCGUUUGAGAUGGCUGAGAAAGCGGGACCUUUGAAAGUCAAACCUAAGAGGCCUUCAAAGGUGCUUCAGAAAAGUGUGUCUCUGCAAACGAUCAACACGGGAAACGAAGACGGAGGAUAUAAAGGCCGGCGCCGGCAUUCGAAGAAGAACUGCAUCCAGUCAUGAGCAAACAUUGUUACACAAAGAGUUUGUGCAGCAGCUGAGUCACAGGAUCAGCUGACUGGACAGCUGACGUCACUUUAUGGCUGUUUGUGAGGUGGCUUUGGUCUGAGCUGAAGGUCCACUCUGAAGARGGUUCUGCAGAAAGUCUGGAGCUCGCGGCCAAAAAAAAAACGCUUCUGAAGGCAGGAAUCUCACUGCCAAACCUACAGUUUUUAUAGAUUUUGUAUUAAAUUAUUUCACUGCUCAGUGUUUUUUUUUUCUGUUUAACUCUUGUAUUUCAUCGUUCAGUAUAUAGGUGUAUUCUAUCACACUUACGGCCCUUUUUGGUUGCUGUGGAAACAGGAAAAGUGAUCAGUUGUGCCUCAGAGUGUCACCUUACUGCGGACCCUUAGUAACACAAUAAGUGUUGUUUUACAGGCUGUGAAUAAUGGACAAAGAAACUGUGUGAAGCUUUUUUUUACACUGAAUAAACUGSCCUCAGAUUCAAACUUCAGUUGUUUGAGUUGCAGCUGAGUUCAGUAAGAGAUGAAAAUGUGCAAAAAACACUUCCUGUGAUUAAAAGACYGAUUAGAUGAAAAAACAUCAACAGAAAUAUGACAAUUUGUAGAAGGAAAUUCAAUUAAAUAACAUUUUUAUCUCCUAUGUAUUGACCUCAUUGUCAUUUCACUGUUUUAUUUUCCAUCUGUUCAGGUGGUAAAACAGAUCCACGAGUCUGAAUAAAAUCACCUCGUGUCAGGAUUUCAAA